AUGGGACGAAGCUCUGGGCAAUUACGCGAUGUAUUUCAUUUGCAUAUACGACUGGCAGUUCAAACCAAGAGGCAAUGGGAGGCGGACAAACCAUCAAUCAAGUGCCCAGCAAAACUAAGUGCGAAUUUGGUCAAAGAGAAGGAAGGGCUAUUCAUGGUUCGCGUUUCGACGCACUACGCAGGCCACAAUCACGUCGUAGGCGAGGAUGUGUACUAUUCGUAUUCUGAAACCCGGCAAGUCAACUCUCCAGCCACGAGGAACGUUGUAAAAAACCUCGUACAAGGCGGAUCAAAGAAGACGAAGCUUUUGCGAUAUCUUAAGGAGGUAUCUGGAAAGCCCAUUUUGCCUAAAGACGUGGAGAACCUUAUCGCGAAGAUGCGGAAAGGGACGUACACGUUGCAGGACGAUAACGUGCGGGUCUCGCAGCUUCUGAAAGACUUCAGUGAAGGGCCUGGAAAUGCUGACAAAGUGUUCCGAGACAACCAAACGGGUCUGACAUCAUGUAUCACCUUCCAAACAGCAUUCAUGAGGCGAAUGGCUCGCAGGUUUCCAGAGGCAGUGUAUCGAUGCUACUUACGAGGCAAGCUGGGGCGCCGCCAAACAGAUUUUGAAUCGGCACAUGGCAAUGGACGAAUGCAUCGACAUACUUUUCCUGCAGCAGUCCGCGGAAGAUGGUUACUGGACGAAAGCUCGAUGGUGACGUUCCUGACCUCACCGCAAACACGAUGGCCUCGUCACUUGGAUAUCCUAUCACCAAUUCCCGCGUGCUUGGUGUACAAGCCACCAACUUUCUCCAAGCUGGUGAACAGGUCACCAAAUCUCUUCCAGCUGGUGAAGAUUCCACCAGCUCUCUUCAAGUUUAAGCUGAUAAACAAGUCACAAUUUCUCAUGAAGCUGGUGAACAAAGUCACAAUUUUUGCUGGUGAAGAAGUCACCAACUCACUUCAAGCUAGUGAACAAGUCCCAAAAUCUCCCGGAAUUAGUUGUAAUAUCACGAACGCAGCCAGCGAUAUAGCUGACACCAGCAAAAUGACACCGCGUACAACUCGGAGACGACUUGAUAUUGCUUUUGUCAAUGCUGGUGCUAGUCAAAAUCUGGUCGUUCAAUUGAAUCCAGCUAGCAAUCCCGCAGAGCGACCAAAAGAAAAGAAAGCAAAAAAGAAAGCCAAGGCACUCAAAGAGCUCGACGAAACCAAGGCCCUAGCAAAGUAG